UUUUUGGUGAAUAGCUAAUCAUAUUGUUAAGUGUAAACCUACUGUAUAUCGUAGUUCAGUCGUUCCAAUUUCCCGCUUUUCGUCCAAAACCCCAAUUUCGUGAACAAAAACGUAGAUUGAGGAGAAAGGAUUCCGCCCAAAAUUCAAACUUCUCCAGAAAAUCGUAUUCAGAAUCACUCGAGAAGAUGGGAAGGUAUUCGAAAGUGGGGAUGGAGGUGCCUUUCAUUGGCAGUGAUUCAAUUAAGUGGGUUGAGGCGUCUGUCGCCGAUACUCACGCUUCUUCUUCGGGUUCUCGGCCUAUCACUCCGCCUACCGAAGAUUGUGCAUCGUGUUCUGUUAUUGGCACUCCUCCAACCUACCUCAUUUGGCGUAUUUGUCGGAGACUGCCGCAUGCUAUUGAAAUACUGGAGCUUAAUGCUGAUAAAGACAUCCCGAGGGUUGGGUUGCGCAUCUCUUUCCCUGAGGCAUUGUCUUCUUUUGCUUAUAUAUGCAAGAAUGAGAUAAAUUCUGCUUAUGGCAAUGUUUAUCUUCUGUAUGUAUUAUCCGUCUCGGGCAUUGCUUACCUUCUCCGACUCAAGAAUGUCUCCGCUUAUUCUGCUUCCUUUAUUUUCUCGUCCAAUGAGAUUCUACACUUUGAUACAAAUAUUUCCCCUGACUGCUUACCCAUAACUGCUGUCGCUGCUACAACUGGUUGUUUUAUUAUUGGGAGAGAUGAUGGUUCAGUCACUUGUUUUAAACUUGGCGUGCUUGAUGAAAAUGCUCCAGGUUUUAUGUAUGAGUUGCGGGAUGAGGCAGCUUUAAGUCGCUUGUGGGGUUUAAUGUCCAGAAGCAGAUUAGCGGGGUCUGUGAGGGAUUUGGUGGUCUCAGAUAUCCAUGGCAGAAAGAUCGUGUUUGUGCUCCAUUCUGAUGGAAGUCUACGAGUUUGGGAUCUUCUCCGUCAUGGAAAGCUAUUUAGUCAAUCUUUAAGCAGUCCAGGAACUGCUUUUUCUCGGCUAUGGGUUGGUCCUGUGGAUGUUGACGCACAUGCAAUUCCUCUGGCGAUCAUGUACACACAAUCCAUGGGUGUGAACAUGCAGGGACUUGGUAUCUGUAACCUCAAUUUUUCCUCGGGAGAGAAGUAUAUUUUGUCCCUUGGUUCUUCAAUGCAGUAUAUUCCUUUAACCCAGGGGAAGGUGACUGAUGUGAAAUUUUCAUCAAAUAAGAUAUGGGUUCUAACGGAAGACGGGUUGCUGGAACAUGACUUGCUUUCUCUAAAUGUUGACACGGAAAAAGGGCAUAGUUACUCCCUGCAGGAAGCUUUUAUUGCAGAGCAAUUGUUCCAGAGUUCAGAACAUUCCCUAGAUUAUCUUUACCAAACCACUUGCUCAAUCUUUUCGUCAUCAAAGGUACAGAUCAUUGGAUUUGUUUCAUCUAUCUUCUUACGCAGGCUACUGCAUCCAGGAGUGUAUAGCAGCAGUGUCUUGCGUUUAACAUUAGAAGAUUAUGACAAGCGCUGGACAGAUAAUGAAUUUCAGGCGUUGACCAUUGAUGAAUUGAGUAGGGAAAUCCUGUUGUUAAUUGAACAUGAGGCCAUCAAUGGAAGUUCAUUUUCUGCCUUUAAAUGCUGGAAAGAAUUUUGUUUGCGGUACUUUGAUCGAUGGCGCAAAAGAAAUACACCGUUCAAUUUGCUUGUUGAUUCAACAAGUGGAGCUGUGGGAUUGAUCAGGGAAAAUGCUGUAUCUAUGUUUCGUUCCUUGGAGGAUAUUGAGCUGUUUGCAUAUGGCGCUUUUGAAGAACUCGAAGAUUUUCCUAAGUUUGGGGUUGAUGUGUCUAGCAGUGGUCUUGAGCGUGAGAUACUAUUUGAAGUGCUUCGCUGCUCUAGGCUUUUAGGCAGAAGAUUAGGCCCAGUAAUUUCACCUAUUGUUUAUGAAUCGGUUGUUGGUGUAUCAGUGACUUCUACUGAGGAUAUAGUGCCUCGCUUGCUGAAUACUGUGAAAUGUGGUUAUAAUGCAUCUGUUGCGGCAUCAAAUGUAUCAGAUCUAGGAGCUGACUUUAUUUGGAAAAAAGAGCUUUUGGAGCACAAAACUUUGAGGAAAUUCACCAUGGACACUUUAAUAUCCAUUCAUGGUUUGUGCGAGAAAGCUAGUGGAUGGGUUCGAGUUCUGAAUGUGAUCGAGAGCUAUUUGAAUCUACUAGUACCUCGAAAGCCUACGAUGAGUUCAGAUGUGAGUAAUGUGACGUUGAAUGCCAAUAUAUCCAUCAUAGUACAGGCCACCUCACAAGUUGCUGAAUUAAUGUUCGAGUCUGCCUUGAAUGUACUUCUAUUUUUAAGCUACAUUUUGGACAUCAGUGGCCAGGUUCAUAUGCUUCCUGAUGACAUGUCUAGAAUCCAGCUUGAACUUAUACCUAUGGUUCAUGAAAUAAUUGCCGAGUGGCUUAUCAUCCAUUUCCUGGCUACUAUGCCUUCAGAAUCACAUUCGGCAGAAGAUUUCAGCUCUCAGUUAUCGUCACUAAAGAUAGAUAGUGACAGUGGUAAAGGAUCAUGGAUUGCAAAGCUUGGUUCAGUUGAUUUCACCUUGGCCUUCAUUCUGGUAUUGGAUGCUCAGGGAUCCUCUGAGGGGUGGAGCAAUCAGUCUUUAAGUUGUCUUCCUAAACCACAAAACUUCAUUAAUUUAGUGUCGCAUUUCAGUAGCUGGCUAGUUUGGGGCAUGUCUAGGGAAGCUCCUUUAUAUAUUUUUGGGCAUUCAACUGAGAUUGCCCUUAGCCUACUGAGACACGGCCAGUAUAAUGCUGUUCAGAAUUUGCUUAUGAUCGUGGAUGCACAUUUGAGAAAUGAGAAGUCGUCUAUAAGCAUUCAGAAUAGUGAUGGUCAGUGGUGUGUGCUUCAUCAUCUUCGAGGAUGUUCACUUCUUGCUCAGGCUCAAAGUGGACUAUGUAGAACUUCAAAGGAGAAAAAAGUUUCUGAAGCCAUGAGAUGCUUCUUCAGGGCUUCAUCUGGAGAAGGGGCUGCCCAAGCACUGCAGAAAUUAUCAGAUGAGGCUGGAUUGUCACAUUUGGGAAUUCCUGGAUGUGGCUCUGCUGCAGCAUGGAAGCUUCAUUAUUAUCAAUGGGUUAUGCAGAAAUUUGAACAAUAUAACAUCAGUGAUGCUGCUUGUCAGUUUGCUUUGGCUGCCCUUGAGCAGGUAGAUGAAGCUGUUGUGCCUGAUGGUAAUGCAUCCAAGGUCUUUUUCUCUGAUGAAUCAGCGACUUCCAUCAAGGGGAGGCUCUGGGCAAAUGUUUUCAAGUUUGCUUUGGACCUUGAUAAAUACUAUGAUGCGUAUUGUGCUCUAGUUUCAAAUCCAGAUGAUGAGAACAGAUUUAUUUGCUUGAGGCGGUUUAUAAUAGUUCUUUAUGAACGUGGUGCAACAAAGAUUCUUUGUGACAGCCAUCUUCCCUUUAUUGGAUUAAAUGAUAAGGCCGAGCAAGAGUUAGCUUGGAAGGCAGCAUGUUCAGAUAUUUCAGCUAGGCCAAACCCUUACAAGUUAUUGUAUGCCUUUGAGAUGCAACAACAAAACUGGAGAAAGGCAGCUACAUACAUAUAUUUAUAUUCAGCUCAGUUGGAAAAUGAAUCGAGUCUGAGAAGUCACCAGAACACUUCACUUGUUCUUCAAGAAAGGCUGAAUGGAAUUUCUGCUGCUAUCAAUUGCCUCCACCUUGUCCAUCCUAUGUAUGCCUGGAUCGACUCUCAGAUGUGUGGAAGUCAUUUGCAAAGCGUGUCUCAUCCAACUAAAAGAGCUAGAACAAUGACGGAACAAUCAGGUGGAGUUGAUGCCCAGGCUCAAAGACAGGAUUCGUACAUUGGUAUUGAAAAACUAGAAGACGAGUUUGUGGUGAUAUCUGCAGAACAUUUGCUUUCCCUUGCAAAUGUUCAAUGGAUGAAUACUAGAAGUGGAAAUUUGCCAUCAGAUCUUGUUGACCUUUUAGUUGAGACAAAUUUUUAUGAUAUGGCAUUCACAGUUGUGCUGCGGUUUUGGAAGGAUUCUGGAUUGAAGAGGGAACUUGAAAAAGUCUUUUCUGCCAUGGCACUGAAAUGCUGCCCAAAUAAAGCCAGUUUUCCAAUGGCCGGGUCACCUGGUCUUUUAUUAACAUAUUCAAAGGAUGAAAUGAUGAUGGAAGAGCCAUUUAAUCUGGAUUUCCAAUCAAAAAAAAUGAAGAGCAGUCAGUGGGAAGCACUUGAGAAAUAUCUUGAGAAGUACAAAGGAUUUCAUGGAAGACUACCUGUAGUAGUUGCAGAAACUCUCCUCCGCGCUGAUCCUCAGAUUGAACUGCCUCUUUGGUUAGUUAAUUUGUUCAAGGGUGCACGGAGAGAAAGCAGGGGCAUGACUGGCCAAGAAUCAAAUCCAGCUACUCUUUUUAGAUUAUAUGUUGAUUAUGGGCGAUAUCCAGAGGCCACAGAGCUUCUGGUUGAGUACGUAGAGGCUUAUGCUUCAGUGAGACCAGCUGGUGUAAUUUAUCGCAAAAGACCUUUUGCAACUUGGUUCCCUUACACAGCAAUUGAGCGCCUGUGGUGUCACCUUGAAGAGUCAAUACGUUUAGGUCACAUGACUGAUCAGUGUGAAAAAUUAAAAGUGCUUUUGCAUGGAGCUUUACGAAGCCAUCUUAUUCUGUUGAAAACCGACUCGGAGGAUGCUAUUUCUUCUGUCCUUUGAGAAGAUAUUAUUUUCAAUUGAUUCGACGGUACAGCAUGAUAUAACAGCAUGUCCAGACUCCAAAGAUGGGUAUUCAUUUGACAGUUUAUUCCAAUGAGAAAAGGAGCUUUUUUGUAGCAGAAGUUGCUUUACAUUUUGCAUUCCUGUUUUUUGUUGAUGAUCACAACUGCAAACGUAUGGAGUAAUUUGUUUGUGCUACUGCUUGUGUUCAAUCACACCUGUCCAUAUAAAGAAACCAGCACUCUGUGCAGCAUAUCCAUCGUCAAUUUAGAAAGUCAGCGCAAUCAUACAAGGAGAUCUGCACAAAAAGAAUCAAUAGGAAGUCCUGUAAUUCGUGUUCUGUUAGCUCUGGUUGAGGAAAACUCGUGGACUUGGCCUGCAGAAGAUAACUGUGCAAAUGCAAUUAGCGUGGGGCAGCUAUUAGGAAAUUUCAUGUAUUAUCUGCUAAUCUCUGCUGAUAUAUUUUCUAUUAUUUUCUCUCUCCUGGCAUUCUCAAUGUAGGUUAUGUUCUUAGUGUAGGUUAGAAGGUAUCUGUAAAUUUUAACUAUCCUUGGGUGAGAAGAGGAAGCUUGUUACUAGUAUUUUAACAUUCAUCAAUAGUCAGCUGAAAAAGCGUGUUAUGAUUAUCUUCUCUGAUAAGCAAUAGGUGUUGGGAUGAAAAGUUGUUCGUUGUGUAGAGAGUUCGACAGUGAAACAAUAAUUAGAAAUUCUAUUGAUAUCCAGUAAUUUUUUUGAAA